AAUGUUAGGUUGAAAUGUUUUUAGGGGAAAAAUUAUCGUAGAACUAUCAUUUAACCUUCUCUAGGUCGGAGUAUAUAGAUUAGAGGGCAUGGAAGAUCUGAGAGUAAUACUGAGUGAAGCAUUUGGGGAACCAUCAGACAGCGAUCCGGAAGAUGAAUUCAGCGCACGGAAAAAUUCAAACAUGGGAGGAGGAGGUUCGAUCUUGUUGGGAUCGAAUUGGUCAUGGGAAAGGAUCGCCGAGGUGAAUGGCCUGUGGGUUUGCAACGAUUUUCUCUCCCUUGAUCAGCAAUCUUCUUUGCUCUCAGCCAUACAAGCAGGUAAUCCUUUAAUGCGCUCAAUUCUGAAUGAACUUCUCGAAUCUCAUUAUUUAUGUGGUGCUGCUGCAGAAGGAUGGUUCACCGAGGAAUCACAUAACCAGGCCAUGAGGUUUGGAAACCUUCCAGAGUGGGCUGUUGAACUUUCCAACUCAAUCCGUCAAGCCAUUCUUUUUGGUGGUGGUAGUAGUACGUGUGUUCCUUAUGUGCCCUUGAAAACAAAUAGUGGGAAUCACAAAGAAUUUAUAAGCUUUCCUCCGGAUUUAUUAUGGAGGGAGCCUUUGUUUGAUCAGCUUAUUGCAAAUGUAUACCAACCAGGGCAUACGUGCACAUGUUGAUCUCAUGAAGUUUGAAGAUGGAAUUGCCAUCGUCUCCCUAGAGUCGUCAUGCGUGAUGCAUUUUGGAAGAGCAGAAAGUGAAGACGUUUGUGGUCUGGGGGAGGAUGAUAGUGGUGGGAAGGUACCAGUGCUUUUAACCCCGGGUUCACUGGCCUUAAUGUGGGGAGAAGCACGAUACCUUUGGAAGCAUGAGAUCAACCGCAAGCAGCAAACUGCUGGGGGGUUUCAAGAAUGGCAGGGCAGGCUAAUCACCCAGAAAAGGAGAACAUCUGUCACCUUGAGAAAGCUUUGCCUGCCAGAUUGAGUUAGAGUAGAGGAAAAGAUCUUCCACAAGCGUCUUUUUCAGUGGCUCUGUGUACCUCAUGUCAAGAUUCAAGGGCGCAGAGCCCUAACAUGUUGUAACUUUACCCUUGAGAAAGUGUUGACUGGGAGAGUAUAUCCGGUGAGGGUGAACUCUGACUGAAAUUUUUAAAAUUGUCACAUAUUAAUGGAGUUGCUGAAUCAGUAUGCAAUAAAAAUAAUCAAGUAUAUGCA